AAUCAGUUGAAUCUAGUCUGAGCAUUAAUUUCUUUCCACAAUUAUUUUUAACACAUGAAACAUUAGUUUAAUUGGAUGGGAACUCAGCCAGCUGUUCCCCCCACUCUUUGGGUCUUUUUUCUUUUACAAAGCAUGUGCAUGCCUACUUGUUUGUCCUUCUAGAGGUUGAUUGACAUCAUUCUUGUUGCACAUCAUUGAUGUUCCUUUUUUGUGGUAUAGGUGUUUUCAAUGCUUCCCGGAUUUAGUGCAGAGAUGAUGCCAAAAGGUCGCGAAAAGGAAAGUCAAGCAAAAAUUAAGCGGUAUAUGACGAUGAUGGACUCCAUGACUAAUGAAGAAUUGGACAGUACCAACCCAAAGCUUAUGACUGAAUCUCGAAUCAUGCGUAUAGCUAGGGGAUCAGGCCGCCUAGUGCAUGAGGUGAUGGAGAUGUUGGAAGAAUACAAACGACUUGCCAAGAUAUGCAGCAAGAUGAAGGGGCUUAAGAUUCCAAAGAAGGGAGAGAUGAGUUCCUUGUCCAGAAACAUGAAUGCACAAAACAUGAGCAAAGUUCUUCCCCCUCAGAUGUUGAAACAGAUAGGUGGUAUGGGUGGUCUACAGAGCUUGAUGAAACAAAUGGGUUCCGCGAAGGAUAUGAUGGGUAUGUUUGGUGGUGGAGAGUAAUACUGUGGUCACAAUUAAAGUACAGUUUACGAGUUAAAUAUAUAGGGAAGUUACAUUGUCAAUCCAUGUUUGGUAGUAAAGAAUAUAACCAGAGCUGUCAUUCCCUAUCUUUGGAAUUUGUUGGAAUCAGAUGUAUUUGGUGAAUUUGGUUGAUUUAGAAUGAUGAAAUGUGGUAUAAUUGGUUGCACUACUUGAUUUUGA